AGUAAAUAAAUAAACAAGGAACCAUAGAUUAUUGACAGUUUUAAAAAAUCAAAACACUUUUUGAAACAUGAUACAAAGGAUUAAAAAAAUUCUUUUUCUAGUUUGAAAUGGUACAUUGUUUUCACAUAUAUCUUCUCUCUGUAAAAUCCUGCUAAUAUAAAAUAGUAACUCCCAAAGGUAAGGAGAAUAGAGGAGAUGAGACGGCAGUGGAUGGAUCAACUGUAAACCUGUUUUCAGGAGACCAAAGCAGAUGGAGAAAUGAUGAGUUAAUUCAGAGAUCACGGAAAAUGACAAGCUAAAUGUCUGUCUGCAAGUGGGGAUACCAAAGAGAGACAAACCCACUUGAUAAACUGUGAGGGAGUUCCCGUCAUGGCUCGGCUCUGAUAAACCUGACUGGCAUCCAGGCGGAUGCAGGAUGCAGACGUGGCUCAGAUCCUGUAGUGCUGUGGCUGUGGUGUAGGCCUGCAGCUGCCGCUCUGAUUAGACCUCUAGCCCGGGAACUUUCAUAUGCUGCAUGUAUGGCCCUAAAAAGGAAAAGAGAAACUGUGAGGCUCAUUUUUUGCAGGCAGUUUCCAAGGAAGAGGGAAGGUAUGAGGCAAGAAACAGGAUUCAUUAAAGUCUGUGAGCACAGCUGCUGAUGCCGAGGAUGCCUGCCUUACUCAAGGAAGCCAGACAGCUCUUCACUCCCCAUCCCACAGUUCAUUUUCCAGAGAAGCUGAACCAAAGAAGCCUCAAACUCAGAGAAAGCAGGCAUAGAUGAAGGCUGGGGUGCACAGCAUUCAACAAGGGAAUCGUGUCAAAGUCGGCUUCCUUACUGCAGGCUAUCACCCCUCUUCUCUCAUCUUGGUUUCAUUAAAUCAGUACCCAAGGCAUACACCCCUCCACCUCCACCCCCAAACACACAGAGACCCACACACAGUCAAGACUGGAAGAUUAUUCUCUGAAGAACUUAAGUGGUUCUAGAGAAAAGAAAUCCGAAUACAUGUGGGCACUCUCCAAAGAAAAGGCCACGGCUCUCUAUUACUACACUGAAGUCUACCUGUUGACAAAUGCUACCUCUGCACCAUCUGCUUUUCGGUGUCUCACUCUUAGAUAUUAACUGACAGCCAAGGAAUCAGACAAGGAAAGUUCCCUAAAUCAAAGAAUCAUUUCAGCCUACCUUUUGCCUCCUCCUCUACUUUGUCCCUCCUCCCCUACCCGCCAAAGGAAGAUACGGCCCAGGGCUUAGAAUGUAAAUCGUAAGAGAAUUCGUUCCAACGCUGGAAUUAUAAGCACCCGAGAGGAAAAAGAAUUCCCUAACAGCGGUACCCUCACUGACACCCUAAACCACAUCUGGCCUACUAGGCCUGUGGUCGUUUACAUCCAGAUCGUCUCCUGCAUAAAGCUGCGGGCCCCCUCAACAAGAACCGGCACGCCUAGAGCGCUGCAGGCACACAGCUUUUUUCCAUCAAGUUUCUGGGCUGUAAAAUACGUCUUCCAACCCGCUGGUACUAGAGCAAGAGCCGUGUCCUGCCUCUAGACGUGCUGAGGACUCUGCUCCCACCAGCCUGCAAGCUUGCAGGCCUCCAGGCCCAGAUCCUUGCCUCCCGCAGGCCACCCCAUAAUCCCCAUCCCCUCCCCUAGGACCCCCCCAUCCCCCACCCCCACCCCCGCGAGCAAAGAGCGAGACCGAGAGGGGCGCUGCGUGCGGCGCCUUUGCGGAGCCGCCCUUCCUCUCCCGGGACAAUGAAGGGUUUUCCAAUCCAAAAGAGCCACCGAUUAUCAGGUAAAUCCCCCCCCCCCACCAAGUAGUGUGUUUGUUUUCUCUGUUUUAAAUCUGUUUCUAUAGCUUGACCCUUUGACUCUAAGCGGGAUCAACUGGAAGCACCCGCCGCCGUUUGCUGGGCGGCGGAGGACGUGGGCAGGUGUGCGGGGCAGGGCUGGGGCUGGGGCUGGGGCUGGAGCUGGGGGUUCUGGCCGAAUAAGAAAGCAUUUCUGUCCCCGCCGGGGGCGGUUGGGGGGGGGUGGUUAGCGGCGUCUAAGAGUCUCCGGCCGUCAUCGCAAGAAUUGAUCGCAUAGCUGUGAGCUGCUGUAUUGCAAUUCGGUAAACGCGUUCACCGAGUUGGCGCCGCGGCCCGCGGGCGCUGGGACGGCGGGGCCGCAGGGCGCGAGGUUGAGGCGCUCAGGGGGCCGCGGGCCAGGGGUUAUUUCAGGGCGCGGGGAGCGCGGCCCGUGGCCUGGCCUGGGGUUAAGCGGCCUCUCCCGCCGCCGGGCAGAGAGACCCGAGAGGAGGAGGCGGUGGAGCGCUCCGGGGAGCCGCCGUCCCCCGGGCACCGGCAGGGGAGUGGGCGACCAUGAAUUGCAGUCCUGCCCUGCAAGCCGCCAUCGACCUGACCGCGGGGGCCCUCGGGGGCACAGCGUGCGUCCUGACCGGGCAGCCCUUCGACACGAUGAAAGUGAAGAUGCAGACGUUCCCCGGUCUCUACAAGGGCCUCGCCGACUGCGGCCUCAAGACCUACGCCCAGGUGGGCCUGCGGGGCUUCUACAAGGGGACCGGCCCCGCGCUGAUGGCCUGCGUCGCCGAGAACUCGGUCCUCUUUAUGUGCUACGGCUUCUGCCAACAGUUCGUCAGGAAAGUGGUUGGACUGGACCAGCAGGAGAAGCUGAGGGAUCUGCAGACGGCGGCCGCCGGUUCCUCCGCCUCCGCCUUUGCCGCGCUGGCCCUGUGCCCCACGGAGCUUGUCAAGUGCCAGCUGCAGACCAUGCUCGAACUGGAGAUGUCAGGGAGGCUGGCAAAAAGCCCUAAGACGGUUUGGGGCGUCGUGAAGAGCAUCCUUCGAAAGGAUGGGCCCUUGGGCUUCUCCCACGGACUCUGGAGCACUCUGCUUCAAGAAGUGCCGGGCUAUUUCUUCUUCUUCGGUGGCUAUGAACUGAGCCGAUCGUUUUUUGCGUCCGGGGGAUCAAAAGAUGAACUAGGCCCUGUCCCCUUGAUGUUAAGUGGUGGAAUUGCUGGAAUUUGCCUUUGGCUUGUCAUAUACCCUGUGGAUUGUGUCAAAUCCAGAAUUCAGGUUCUUUCCAUGUUUGGAAAGCAGGCAGGAUUUAUGGGAACUCUUUUAAGUGUUGUGAAAAAUGAAGGAAUAGCAGCCUUAUAUUCUGGAAUGAAAGCUACUUUGAUUCGAGCCUUCCCUGCCAAUGGGUCACUGUUUUUGGCUUAUGAAUACAGCAGGAAGUUGAUGAUGAGCCAGUUUGAAGCAUAAUCGAAGUGUCUUGAUGAAUCUGGAUCCAAGUACAGGCCUUUGAGGGCUAUCAUUGAAUUUAGGGUUUCAUGGAGGACUGGAUCAAUGAAUUAUUUUGUACUUCAUAGGAAUUUUUUGUCUUACCUUCUUAUACUCUAAAUCUUAAAGUUUAUGGGAGAAUCUCUUUUAUGUCAUAUGAUUUCUGCCCAUAACUAUUGAAAUAGAAAAGUCGCUGCUCUUGUGUUUUGGUGAGAAGAGUGGGUGGCCCUAGGUACCUAAUCUGAGAGGUUAAAUAUACUUGUAUCAAGAGGCUUUUGCAUAAAUCAGCACGCUGCGUGCAGUCUGGUUGGUUAUGUGUUGUGAGUGAAGCACAGUUUGGUUCCCAUAUUUCAUUUCAUGUCACCAGAAAAACUUAAUUAACCAUGUUCUCUGAAGGUGGUUAUAAAUAAUUGCUUAAUCCAGUCAAGAUUUGGGUCUCUUUAAGACUCUGCCUAAUGUGUGCACCAUACUAGCAAAUUAAAGUUUUUAAAAAGU